AUGGUCACAGACUGGAAAGCUACAGCUCUUGCAAAGAGACAGGCCAUUCUCGACUCGAUACCAGAACGCUGGCGCCUAUCGAAGAUUCCUUCGGUGGAAGAGCAGAAAGACGUGACAGGAUCAUACAUACAGCAGUUCCUAGAGUCGAAGGAAAUCGAUAUCACUGAGACUGAUGCUGUUGGAAUCGCCGAAAAGGUAGCAGCAGGAGAGUGGUCUGCUGUCGAUGUUACGCAGGCGUUCUGCCACAGAGCUUCACUAGCACAUCAGCUCGUAAACUGCCUACACGAGACCUUUUUUGAUGCUGCCAUUGCCGACGCGAAAGCCCUCGACGCCCACUACGCCGAGCACAAGAAGACAAAAGGUCCACUGCAUGGCGUGCCUGUUUCACUGAAGGAUCAAUUCCAUGUUAAAGAUGUGGAGACCACAAUGGGUUAUGUUGGGUGGAUUGGCACGCAUGAAGGCAAAAGUGGUGAUCCAAAAUACAAGACUUACGAGAGUGAGAUGGUGAGGGAGUUGCGCGACUUGGGCGCGAUACUUUAUUGCAAGACGAGCGUUCCACAUACACUCAUGGCUGGCGAGACUGUAAACAACAUCAUUGGUUACACGUGGAAUCCUAAGGAUCGAUUCCUCUGCUCAGGUGGAAGUUCAGGUGGUGAGGGAGCCUUGAUUGGUUUAAAAGGAUCACCAGUCGGACUCGGUACAGAUAUCGGAGGCUCAAUUAGGAUUCCUGCCGCCUUUAACGGCUUGUAUGGCAUUCGACCAAGUGUGGGAAGGAUGCCCUACGAGGGCAUGGCCAACUCGAUGGAUGGCCAGAACAGUGUUUUGUCGGUCGUUGGUCCGCUGGGCACUACAGCGAGAUCUCUCAAGCUUGUUGUAAAGUCGAUCCUGUCUCAAGAACCUUGGCGUCACGACCCAAAUGUUGUGGAAAUUCCAUGGAGGGACAGUCAGGAGAAAGAGGUUUGGGAUACUGUCGAUGGCUCGACAGGCCAGCUGACCUUCGGACUGAUGAAGACGGACAAUAUUGUGAAUCCACAACCACCGGUAGCACGAGCACUUCAAAUGGUAGUCAGAGCUGUCGAAAAAGCUGGCCACAAAGUCAUUUCGUGGGAGUCGCCAGCACAUACCGAUGGAUUGACCGCCACCCUCAAGACAUGGACUCUUGAUGGUGGCAGAGACAUACACGAUUCCUUCGCCCUUUCUGGUGAAUCAAUCGCUGACCAGAUCAAAAUAGCCUAUGGAGAUGUUGCUAAAGAAGAAAAAACAGCUUCAUUCAUUGCCAAAAACAACGUCGCCCUCCGUCAAUGGAAGAAGCAAUACAUGGACGCCUGGAAUGCCACAGUGUCUACCACUGGUACGGGCAGACCUAUUGAUGCUAUCAUCGCACCCUUAGCACCAUAUCCAGCAGCACGACCGAAGAAGUACAAAUGGUAUGGAUAUUCUGUCUUCGUCAAUGGGCUGGACUAUACAUCCGUUGUGGUACCCGUCACAAUCGCAGACAAGAACGUUGACAAGUACGAAGACGACUACCGACCUAUCAACGACCAAGACAAAGAGUGCUACGAAGACUAUGACGCGGAGAUGUACGAUGGAGCCCAUGUGGCUGUCCAGCUCAUCGGCAGACGAUUCCAGGAAGAGAAGAUGCUGGCUCUAGCGGAGUACAUGGGACAAAUAUUGAAGUCUGGAAAGGCUUGA